CCCAGCAUCAGGCUGGGAGGCAGACGCUGUCAGGGCCUCUUGCUGCCGGGCUGUUGACCUUGAUCCCUUGGUUAAGGUGUUAUCGGCUUGGGCUCCCCACUGCAGUUGCCCUCCUCCCCUCGGCGUUCCUGAGGACUGGGGUCUUUCGGGUCCUGCGUCUGCACAGAUACUUUGAAUCUCCAAAGAGACCCUGCCCGUUCAUUGCUGCUGCUGUCAGUGGCGGGGUGUGGGGGUGGAUUUUGUAUGCCUAUUGGGUGGUGGCUGGGAUCGUUGCGGGAAGGUUCUAGGGGCUCAGGAGUGUGAGUGGCCCAGGCGCCUGCCGUCAGCCUGUCGUCUGUGCUCUGCCUGUUGUGGGCAGGACAGAGUUGGGGGCAGCCGGGGAGGCGGCAUGGUCGUGGUGGGAGCCCAGGACCCCACUGAACCCCGUGUCCAUCUCGCAGCCUGAGCGGUGCAUCCCCGUUCCUGGGCGAGACCAAGCAGGAGACGCUCACCAACAUCUCAGCCGUGAACUAUGACUUUGACGAGGAGUACUUCAGCAACACCAGUGAGCUGGCCAAGGACUUCAUUCGCCGGCUGCUCGUCAAAGAUCCCAAGCGGAGAAUGACCAUUGCCCAGAGCCUGGAACAUUCCUGGAUUAAGGCCAUCCGGCGGCGGAACGUGCGUGGCGAGGACAGCGGCCGCAAGCCCGAGCGGCGGCGCCUGAAGACCACGCGUCUGAAGGAGUACACCAUCAAGUCGCACUCCAGCAUGCCGCCCAACAACAGCUACGCCAACUUCGAGCGCUUCUCCAAGGUGCUGGAGGAGGUGGCGGCGGCCGAGGAGGGCCUGCGCGAGCUGGAGCGCAGCCGGCGGCUCUGCCAUGAGGACGUGGAGGCGCUGGCCGCCAUCUACGAGGAGAAGGAGGCCUGGUACCGCGAGGAGAGCGACAGCCUGGGCCAGGACCUGCGGCGGCUGCGGCAGGAGCUGCUCAAGACCGAGGCACUCAAGCGGCAGGCGCAGGAGGAGGCCAAGGGCGCGCUGCUGGGGACCAGCGGCCUCAAGCGCCGCUUCAGCCGCCUGGAGAACCGCUACGAGGCGCUGGCCAAGCAGGUGGCCUCCGAGAUGCGCUUCGUACAGGACCUGGUGCGCGCCCUGGAGCAGGAGAAGCUGCAGGGCGUGGAGUGCGGCCUGCGCUAGGCGCACUGGGAUGGGCCAGGCCCCAGGACAGCUGAAGCUCGGCCUUCGGUGGGGGCGCUUGCUUGGACGCUGCUCCUCCUGUCCCGUUCCAGCCCUUGUACACCGCCCCCAGGCUGGAGGCGGAGUGGAAAGAGCUGGAGGGCAAGGGUGGGUGUGGGACGGGGCUGCUUCUCUGCACAGCCUCCAAGCCGGCCUUCACCUUCGCUCCUGCAUCAUCAAUGACGCUGGGACCCUCCAGGCAGCGUGGCCUCUGGCGCUGUGAGGGUUGGGACCCAGGAUGGGACUGGCUAUCGAGGCACAGCGGCCGUCCGAAUGCAGCCCUGACCCAGGCCCAGGCCUGGGGGAGGGUUUGUGGGCAGUUUGGUGGGGUGCUGCCCGCUGCUGCCACUGGCCCAGGAGGAGGUCGUGGGACGGGGAGGGUGGGGUGGACGGCGGACAGGCAGUCCCCACGCUUCUGGGUGGCGCCGGGCUUGGUGGGGUCUUCUACCAUGUGACUUCUUUGCCGAGGCCCGUUCCCUGGAUGUGGGGUCCUCUGCUGCGGACUCCUCCGCGAGCCCCGUCGUGGCGCGUCUGCAGGCCUAGACAAGAGCGGCCCUCUGCAGCCAAGAGAAAUAAAACACCGGCUUCCAGAUA